AUGGAGCACAGCGGGUUUCUGGUUGGCCUGAUCCUGGCUGCCUUUCUUUUCCAAAUAAGCUCCUGCAAAAUAAAUGUGGAGGAACAUGAGGACAAAGUGAUUUUGAGUUGCGAUAGCAACAUCACCUGGAUAGAGGGGACAAAGGGAAAACUGUUUGCAAGCAAGAAAAGUCUGGACUUGGGAAAACGCAUCUUGGAUCCACAAGGAGUGUAUCAGUGUAAGAAGGAUGAUGGAACCAGCCAAAUACAUACUUUGCAAGUAUACUAUCGAAUGUGUCAGAGCUGUGUGGAGGUGAACUCAGCCAUCCUGGCUGGCGUAAUCAUAACUGACAUAAUUGCCACUCUGCUCCUUGCUUUGGGGGUCUACUGCUUUGCUGCUCAUGAGACUGGAAGACUCUCUAAGGCUGCUGAAAUUCAAACUCUGUUGAGGAAUGACCAGCUCUACCAGCCCCUCAGAGAUCGGGACGAUGCUCAUUACAGCCAUCUUGGAGGAAACUGGCAUCGGAACAAGUGA